GUUGUAUUUAUACAUUCAAUACAAGCGAACACCAUCUAUUGUUACUCUACAGUAUUAUAUAAUAUAUUCUUGUAGUUAUUGCCACCACGCUUGCCUAUGGUUGCCUGAAUGCGGCGCCAAUGAGAUUUGAGCUCCGCCUGCGAGGCUUGGCUCGGGGGUAAAUUUAGCAGCGGCUCGGUGGAGCUAGCCGCCGCUGCUCUCCGGUGUCUGUUACCCCGCGUCCUGUAACCGCUGCCCGGCCUCGGUGUGAUUAAGCUGCGGGGGGACGAUGCCGGUGCCAGCUUGAAAUGCCCACGCUUGGUUUCCUGUGAGAGGGGUCGUGGUGAGAGUCUUGGCUGGUGGAUGAGGAAGCUUGUUAUUAUUUUUAUGUUUUUUAAAAAGGCUGGUGGAUACAUGUCUACCUCUCAACCGCGAGACCAACGACGAAAGGGAAAGCUCGCAGUUCAUGUUUCGCCAAGAAGUCAGUGUGACGUCUUUUAUUCCAUCUUGUUCGUAUCUUUUCCAACACGAGAAGAGGAAUAUGUCCAGAUAUAACAUAUACAGCCUGUUGGACUGGAUCUACGGCGGGGUGGACCCGAAGUUCGAGGGCAACGGGGGCCCCGAGUGCGCCGCGUUCAUCGCGCCCCAGCAGCGCAUCAGCGAGAGCCUCAUCAUCGUGCUCGUCUCCCUGGUGGAGAUCGGCGUGGCGCUGAGGAGGAUCAACCUCUGCAAGGAGCUCAGGGGGGUCGGGAAAGAAUGCAACAGGGCGAAGGAGGACAGUCUGGGCAAGAACCUGUUGCUGGUCGCCCUUUGCAUGACUUUUGGGGUGGAGGUGGGCUUCAAGUUCGCCACCAAGACUGUGAUAUAUCUGCUGAACCCCUGCCAUGUCAUAACCAUGGUUCAGAUCUUCCUGCUGGCCUGCCCGCCAUGUAAAACAGCGAUGGUCGUAUUUAGGCUGCAGGUCCACAUGUUGAACGGUGCGUUGCUGGCUUUAAUGUUCCCCGUAGUCAACACUAGACUGCUACCGUUCGAGAAGGAGAUCUACUACAUCCAGCACUCCAUGCUGUACCUGGUGCCUCUUUAUCUCUUCAGGAAAGGAGGCGUGUACAAGCCCGAGCCUCUGGGCGACAUGUGGUGGGCACUGCUGUCCAACGGCCUCCUGUUCCUCUAUCACUUUGUCUUUUUGCAGCUCCUCGGCCUGGUGACCGAGGUCAACCUGAACAACAUGCUGUGCCCGGCCGUGUCCGACCCCUUCUACGGGCCUUGGUACCGGGUGUGGGCGACCGGCCACCAGACCCUGCUGACACUCCUUCACGGGAAGGUCCUCACGCUCCUCUCGCAACACACGGGCUCCGUCUGCAGAUACCUGCUGGACACACUCCGACUGCGCAGCAAGAAAGUCGACUAAACCUUCCCCGCACAUCUGAACCGAAGAGGGCCGAACCUUUUCAUCCAAAAAAAAAAAUGCCUGCCCUCAUCAUGUUUUGUUUUUUUUUUAAAGAUAAUUUUAAUGCAUCUUUUAGGACUUAACAUCUGUUUUACUGAAACAAGCGAGCAUUUCAGGGCCAGUGAAUCAAUGUGUCAUUCUUUUAGUGUCGUAGUUGGCUUGCAUACAUACUUGCAUGCACAAACAAUAUAAUAGGCUUUUUUUUUCUUUUUUUUAAGGCUCGUAGUUGAGCAGCGUGGAGUCGGACAGAUUUAACCUUUUUUUUCAGGAAUACAAUCUCCAAAAAAACUACAAAAAAACAUCUUCAGUGAAUUUGUCUGAGGUUUCUCGAGCUCCCUUUUUUUUUUUUUUGGUAAAGUUUUAAGGACAGAUAAUCGGCCAACAACGUCACUACUGAUCCGCAGCUGUUACACUUUCAGUUCAUCAUGUGAUAGUUUUGUUAGAUCGUAUGUUAGCGGGUAAAAGCUGCCAUUUUAUAUGUCUCACGUGCGUUUUUUGGGAAAAAGAAAAAAAAAGGAUUGAGGCUGAGCUGUUGGAAAAAGUUAUCGCUUGUUUUGUAGUCUUGGAAGAUUUUUUUUUUUGUUUGUUUGACAUGUAUGACAGCCUCGUAGCGUUACGACUGAGAACUUAUUUAUGGCGUCUGUUUCUACUUAACCACACACAUCUAUUAUGAAAAAAAAAAAAACAUUAAGUGUAUGUGGCCUCUGUUUUCUUUUUGCAUUUCUGUCCCCAGCCCCUUCAGAUCAUUCCAGUUGCGAUAAUCAGGGGGACGUAAGGAGGUUUUUACGUGAUGAACGAGCAUCUGUGGAUCUACACUGGGAUGUUUUUUUACCUCUUGUCGCGGAGGUCGUGUUUUUUUUUUUGUCUGAUGAUAUUGGACCACGUUUGAUGACUUUAAAAUGCAUCGAUUGGAUGAAUGUGACGUUUGCCAAGACAGAGUAGAUCUUGACAAAUUCUGUAUAUCUGGGCUGGAAUCAUGCAUCAUGACACUUGAGUAGAUUUUGCUUCAAGUUAUCUGACAAGGCGUCUCUGAAAACUCACUCCACUGCUAUAACUGUAACGAGUCACAGUCUGGGUUUUUGUAUGGGGGGAAAACAAAGGCAUCAAGAUGAUCUGCAUGAAGUCACUUUGGGUCAUUCAAUGACUACCCAAUCAAAGGAAGUAUUAACAAGAAUUGAUAUUGGGGAAUAUGUCAGUCAUGGUAUGUAUCAUUUCAAGUGUGAGGGAUGUGUGUAUUACUGUAGCAUAUACUGUACUUCACUGUAAAGAAGGGAUAAGAAACUUUUGUAUUUCUAUGGGUUUGAGUGUAUGUGCUGUAUUGACAAUAAAAGUGAUUUCAGUUGAC